UGGUGUAGAGAAGGGAAGCAGGGCCCACGUGGAGGUGAGGAAGAGACCAAAGUGAGGUCAGCACAGGCUGAGUGGUCCCGGAGUGAGAGGGUGCCAAGGAAGGGACCCCAGAGUGAGGUCCGCUCAAGGAUCCUAGGUCUGAUCAGAGGGGCACUUCCUAUGGGGGAAUCCCCUCCCAGGGGACCGCUGGAGCUAUGCUUUCCCGAAAGGGUAUCAUCCCGGAGGAGUAUAUGCUGACUCGGCUUGCGGAGGACCCUGCGGAGCCCCGAUACCGUGCCCGAGAGCGGCGGGCCCGCUUCGUGUCCAAAAAGGGCAACUGCAACGUGGCCCACAAGAACAUCCGUGAGCAGGGCCGCUUUCUUCAGGACGUUUUCACCACACUGGUGGACCUCAAAUGGCCCCACACGUUGCUCAUCUUCACCAUGUCCUUCCUAUGCAGCUGGCUGCUCUUUGCCAUGGUCUGGUGGCUCAUCGCCUUCGCCCACGGUGACCUAGCCACCGGUGAGGGCAGCCCUGUGCCUUGUGUCACCAGCAUCCACUCCUUCUCGUCCGCCUUCCUUUUCUCCAUCGAGGUCCAGGUGACCAUUGGUUUUGGCGGGCGCAUGGUGACUGAGGAGUGCCCACUGGCCAUCCUGAUCCUCAUCGUGCAGAACAUCGUGGGGCUCAUGAUCAAUGCCAUCAUGUUGGGCUGCAUCUUCAUGAAGACUGCCCAGGCUCACCGUCGGGCUGAGACCCUCAUCUUCAGUAAGCAUGCCGUCAUCGCCCUGCGCCAGGGCCGUCUCUGCUUUAUGCUACGCGUGGGCGACCUACGCAAGAGCAUGAUCAUCAGUGCCACCAUCCACAUGCAGGUGGUGCGCAAGACCACCAGCCCUGAGGGCGAAGUGGUGCCUCUCCAUCAGGUGGACAUCCCCAUGGAGAAUGGUGUGGGGGGCAACAGCAUCUUCUUAGUAGCUCCACUCAUCAUCUACCAUGUCAUCGAUGCCAACAGCCCACUCUAUGACCUGGCACCCAGUGACCUGCACCACCACCAGGACCUCGAGAUUAUUGUCAUUCUGGAAGGUGUAGUGGAAACCACGGGCAUCACCACCCAGGCCCGCACCUCCUACCUGGCCGACGAGAUCCUGUGGGGCCAGCGCUUUGUGCCCAUAGUAGCUGAAGAGGAUGGCCGCUACUCUGUGGACUACUCCAAGUUUGGUAACACCGUCAAAGUGCCCACACCACUCUACACAGCCCAUCAGCUUGAUGAUGACCGCAGCUUGUUGGAUGCCCUGCCCCUUGCCUCAGCCCGUGGGCCCCUGCGCAAGCGCAGUGUGGCUGUGGCCAAGACCAAACCCAAGUUUAGCAUCUCUCCAGAUGCCCUGUCCUGAGGCAUGGAUCUUUAGGCUCCCC